CUGGCUCGGGCUCAGGCGGCCGCACACCUGUGGAAGAGGAAUGAAUAGAGGGGGUGUGUGAACCUUCCCGCUGUAGACUAGCUGGCGCCACCGACCAAACUCAAGACAUGCUUGAUCAACAACCCAAAACAAACCACCAGGUCAGACAACACCCGCAGCCCGAGGCUGGCCAGGCGACCUGCAGGCAGCUGCUGGCCCCCGGGAAGCCCGGACUGGGGAUCCACUCUCAGGCCCUACCCGCACCCCACUUUGUGGGUGUCAGACGGCGGGGUGGGGGGUUUGCAGGUUGGCACAUCGGGUUGCAGUUUCCACGCCCACGAGGGUGCCCUCCCUCGGCGGGGAGAAAGGCUGUUAGAGCCGACUGGUCAUGGACGAGGCACGAGGGUGGCGUGGCGGGGACGACGGGGACAGGAGCUGGUGACACGUCUCCAUUUAGAGUAAAUCCCCAAUUACUAAAAGCGAAGUACGGUGGCACGGAGAGGGGUGUCGACCUCAUUGGGGUCUGCCCUCAGAAAUGCUUAGGGGCACAGAAUACUGCGGUGCCUGGCACCGGAAGCCCCUGGGGACGGGCGUCUCCGGUGACCCGCCGCGGGCAGAAGGGAAACGCGCGCUCACCUGGACAGCGCGGCUCAGCGGCACAGAAUGCUGUCGCCCUGCUUGUUCACCGCGCCGGCCUGGAACAGCAACGAAACACCAAGGCAAAGAUCAUUAAGAGAAAGAGAUACGGACCUCACCUCUGCCCAGUCUACUCUCUGCAAGGAAGCUCUCUCCCUCCCCGCCCAGCACUGACAUACCUGCACGAGGCCGGAAGCAGAGUGUCUAUGUAGUUGGAAAGGAUUUGCAACAACUCACUUCAUAUACAACAGCACAUCAUUGGACUCAUCUUCUAAUUAAAACAGGGAAAUAAAUAGCCAGUUUCCCUAUAAACCACGUCACAUGGAGUUCACAAUUUAGGGCAGUGUAUGCAUUCACUCUUUCAUCUCUUCAAAUACCAAAGGUGCUUAAAACUGAGGAGGCUUGAAUCCAUUGUAUUGUCAUUCAUUCAAUAUCUACCAAUUUGUAUUAGGUCCUUCUACUUCUUCUGGAGACUUAAAUCUUUACAGUCAUGAUAUGUAUUGUAUUCUGAUCAGUAAGUUCUAGAGAAUUAUACUCUACAAAUACAGGUUACUCUAAGGGUAUGGUAAGAUCAAUCUCUCUUUCACUAUCUUAAAAACCCCUGGCAAAAGUGAUG